GCUAGCGAGCUCCCUGCCGGGAGCGAGGGGAGGAGGAGAAGGAAGGGGAGGAGGUGGAGACGGCGACGGGAGCGUUAAAAGGCGGCGGCUGAAUGACAGCGGCUGUUCCGCGCGCCCGUCCCGGCGGAGGACCGAGCGCCCGCCACUCGCUCUUUUUCCCGGCCAUGGACGGCAGAGAGGAUGCCGAGUGCGGCUGCGAGGCGGCGUUCGCAGAGGCGCAGAGAUGGGUGGAGACAGUUACUGGGAAAAGCUUUGGAACCAAAGACUUUCGAGCAGCUUUAGAAAAUGGAGUCCUGUUGUGCGAUUUGAUUAACAAGAUCAAACCUGGCAUUGUUAGGAAGAUAAAUCGUCUGUCAACUCCAAUAGCUGGCUUGGAUAAUAUAAAUGUUUUUCUGAAAGCUUGUGAAAAUAUUGGAUUGAAAGAAGCUCAACUUUUUCAUCCAGGAGAUCUCCAGGAUUUGUCCAAUCGAGUUACAGUCAAACCAGAGGAGACCAACAGAAGAGUGAAAAACGUUUUGAUUACAUUAUAUUGGCUGGGGAGAAAAGCACAAAGUAACCCUCACUAUAAUGGUCCAUAUCUCAAUCUUAAAGCAUUUGAGAAGUUAUUAGGGCAAGCAUUGACUAAGGCACUUGAAGAGUCCAGCCACCUAAACAGAAGUGGCAGGGAUAGUGGGUACGGUGAUAUUUGGUACGUGGACCGAGGAGAACCUUUUCCAUCUUCAGCAAGCCACAAAAGAGACGAUUCUUUUGAUAGCUUGGACUCUCUUGGCUCAAGAUCCUCCACAAGCUUUUCAUCAGACAUAACCUUGAAAGGUGGCAGUGAAGGUUGUGAUAGUGACACAGACUCAGAACUGCCUUUCAAGAUGCGUGACUCCCAUAAAGAUGACAGGUCCUAUCGAAGGAUUUCUGUAAUUGAACCAAAACCUGCUACUGACUUCAAUCGCUUCUUACCCACUAAAAACAAGCAGCCAGCAUAUAUGCCAGCACCCCUAAGGAAGAAAAGAACAGAGAAGAAUGAGGACAACAGGAGGAGCUGGGCAAGCCCUGUCUACACAGAGUCAGAUGGCACAUUUUCAAGUAACCAGAGGAGACAGAGGCAGUUGGAUACUAAAGUGGAAAACAAACCGGGAAUUAACAUUUCUCCAGAAUUAUCUGGGUAUUUUGAUGAGGAUGAGGAUGAGGAAGAAGAAAUAGUCAUCCCAAACAUUGAAAAAGAUGAUCUCUAUUUUCGCAAGCUAAGUUCUUCAGCAUCAAAUACAGUGGUUCCUUUUGACAAAUUUCUUCCUAAGUUUUGGACUCCAGAAGAAGAAUUGCUUUGGAAAAAAAUCAGGAAAUCCUCUUUCAAACCCUGGUAUAAAGAGAUUCAAGGGUUCAGUCAGUUUUUGUUACUUCAGGCCCUGCAAAAAUACUCUGACUACUUGUCUUCUGAAACGAAGACCAAAAUUGAUCCUACUUCUGGCCCUAGGCUCAUAAAAUGUAGAAAGAAUAUUUCCUUUAUACCAGGAUGUGAUGAUGAAGGAGAUGCUGAAAAUGGAUAUCCAUACCCAGAUCUAGAAAACGAUGACUUGUUUGUUCGCAAAACUGGGGCUUUCCAUAUGAAUCAUGUUGUUCUCCAGGACCCCCAGUAUUUCAGAAAAUUCUCUGAGCAGGAGCCUCCUCUAGAGGGUGAAAUAAUUCUGCAACCUCGGGAAGGCCAACCUGUGAUUCCAGAUUUGGAAAAAGAUGACAUGAUAUUUCGUAAAAUCCUCUCUCAGAAAAAAGAAGUGCCUUUAUCAGGUGCUCCUGACAAGUACCACCCUGCGCUCUUUCCUGAUCCUUGGAGUCUUCCAGAAGAAAUCCGGUCCAAAUUUCUGUGUUUACUUGAAAAAAAUUCAAUGCCUGAGGAAAGAAAAAGGAGUGGUAGAGUGUUGUCGCCGUCUUCCCGCCAUAAGAGGGACGAUAUGCUGGCACGCAAGAUUGAGUCUUGGAAAGUGGGAAGCAACAUGCAGCCAGUAAAUUUUAUCCCAGGUCCAUGCAGUGAAGAAGACUGGAAGAAGUGGGAAGCGAUCAGGGAGGCCAGCAAAGUUAGACAUAAGAAACGUCAGAUGGUGGAGAGACUGUUUCAAAAGCUUUCUGAUGAGCAAGGGAGUAAAUCUUUGAAUGAUGUCAGUGCAGAGGAACAGCAGACAUUGCGCAAAAUUCGUUAUGAAGAACUACAAAAGAUAAAAGAACAGCUGCAAGAGCAAGAUCUAAAGUGGCAAGAAGAUCUAGCAAAGUGGAAGAAUCGCAGAAAGAGCUUCACUUCAGAGUUGCAAAAGAAAAAGGAAGAAAGAGAAGAAAUAGAAAGGAGAGCCUCUGAAGUUUCUGAUAGGAGUAGCAAGCCACUGAAAGAAAUGCAGCAGGAAAGGGAACAAAAAUAUGAUGGCAGAUGGGUGUAUUCACUGACUGAUGAUGUGUUUACUGAAGAAAAAGCACCUACCACACGAUCAACAGUGAAAGAUUACCUGUUUGAGGAAGAAACCUCCUACAGCACUAAGGACAGCAAAAGCCAGUAUGCUGCUCAGAGAAGCAAGGAGAAUCUACCAAAGCCAGAGAGCUCUGCCACACGUGAGGCUCCUGCUGUCUCAAAGAGCCUGGCGGAAGAGCAGAGCUCAGCUCUUUUGUCUACGCGCUACUCGGUGAAUGCUCAAACUGGGUCAGCUCAGGUUUCAGCUUCUCUCCCUAGAAGUUACCAGAAAACUGAUACCUCCAGGUUAACAUCUGUGGUUACACCAAGACCUUUUGGUGUCCACUCCAGAGGAAUCUCCUCACUUCCACGGUCGCUCACGAUGGAUGAUGCUCAGAAAUACAAUGGAGAAGUGGAAAAAGCUAAAGGAACUCAAAUUUUAACCAGCAACAUGUUUUCACUACCAGACUCUACAUACUCUCUCUCCACCAGUGUACUCAGAAGGAGAGGUGAGGAGGAAGAAGAGGAAAAAGAAGGUGUUAAGUCAGCACCUACUCCUAGUUUGACAUUACCUGUAAAAUCACAAGACCGAGAUGCUGGAGAUAGUAUUCUUAAACCAGAGUAUUGUUCUCCUCCUGAUUCUGUUUCACUUGCAUCUUCUGCAGAAAAUGCGAGUCUGACAGAACAUGACGAUUCAAAAUCCCAGGAACAGUACAGUGAAUUGAGAAUCAGUAUGAACCAGAGACCUGGCUACAGUCACAACUUUGGGUUUACAACAAAUUGGACUUCUUCAGGGGCCUUAGUACAGACAGUUGAAGAAGAUAGCCCUGCAGCACUUUGUCAGCUGCAGGUAGAUGAUGAGAUCAUUGCUAUCAACGGCACAAAGGUUUCACAAAUGGACAGUAGUCAGUGGGAAGAAGCCAUCACCAGAGCAUUAGAAACUGGAAACCUGGUCAUGGAUGUUAGACGAUAUGGAAAGAAUGGUACAUCUGAUAAUAAGUGGAUUGAUGCAACUUCUGGAGAACGCGUUUCAAGUGUCUCAACCAUAUCAACAAAAAGAGAAUUCUCCAGCAGCCUUCAAAGUUCUGGAACAGGAACAAAAUUGAUAAAUGGCAUGCAAGGAGAUCUUGGAUCUAAUGAACAAAGAGCAUCUGAACCUAUUUCUUUGAAAAACUUAAAAAGGCGGUCACAAUUUUUUGAACAAGGAGGCCCGGAGCCUGCAAUGCCUGAUCUCCCAGUCCCAUCCAUUAGUGCUCCGAGUCGGCGGGUUUGGGAUCAAGAAGAAGAACGAAAACGACAGGAGAAAUGGCAAAAGGAGCAGGAUCGUUUAUUGCAGGAGAAAUACAAACGGGAACAAGAAAAACUGAGGGAAGAAUGGCUACGAGCUAAGCAAGAAGCAGAAAAAGAAAACUCCAAAUAUUUAGAUGAGGAACAAACUGUUAUAACCUCAAACAUGAUCACAGUCUCUGCGCGAGCUCCAUCUGCCUCCAGCUGGAGGGCAAGCCCUGAAGUGAGUACUCCUGAGGAGCCAGAAGGAGAUGGAGGAAGUGAGCUGGCAGCACACUUGCUGGCCAAGGAAGAAGAAAGGAGGCUUCAGGAGGAAGAAGAAGCAGCCCUGCGUGUUGAGCGAGAAAGGGAACACCAAGAACUAGAGCUUGAGAGACAGCGUAAAGAGAGGGAACAGCAGUAUGCCGAGGAGCAGAGGCGGCAGGCAGAGAUGGAGGAGCAGAGGCGGCAGGCAGAGAUGGAGGAGCAGAGGCGGCAAGCAGAAAGGCAGAGGGAAAUGUCAGUGGAGACAUCUCAGUACCAAAGACGUUAUGAGCGCUAUGAAGUAUCUAAAACAACAGAGAACCAACCUGGCCAACAUCUCAUUGACAGGCGCUAUGAACGCUAUGAAUCUUCCAAAACCAUCGAGGAGCAACCUGGUCAGUCAUUUUCUGACAGGAAUAAAUCCAAGUCAACUUCAGAGCUGAAUGAAUUCAAUGCAAACAGAAAUAGUACUCAUAGCAGGCAUUCAGAGAGGUCUUGGAACACGAGUGAGUCACAGAAGGGGUCUCAGAAGGAGCACAACCUGUCUGCAGCAGAGUUAGAGAGACAACAAAUCCUUCAGGAAAUGAGGAAGAAAACAUCUCUACACACAGACAGCAGCUGGAUUAGGCAACGCAGUUCCAGUGUGCAUAAGGAGCCAAUCAGUCUGUACAGCAGUAGUAUGAGGAGAGGGGAGUCUUUGGACAAUCUCGAUUCUUCAAGAACAAGCUCGUGGAGGCACCACUCGAGGUUGAACCAGUCCUCCUCCACUUCAUCUCUGUCCUCUAAUCAGGAUCACAGCCGCCCGGUGUCCACUUCAAACCGGGCCUACAUGUGCACUCCUUCCUCUGCCAAAGCACCUCCAUUGACCACCUCUGUGAGAGCCCCACCUGCAUCACAGGCAGCCCCCCGGGUGCAGUCUCCUGUUUCUGCUUCCCAGCCAGGGUCGCAGAUGCGUAGCAGUGCGUUGCCUGUGAAUGUGACCUUGGGGGAUCCCGCUCUGGAGCUGAAGUCAGGAUCCGAAACAACAAACUCUUCUGCAACGACUGCUAUCUCAGAUUUAAAACUGGACAACCAACCUCCAUGUGAAGCAAACCUAGAUAUGAAACCACUGUUGCAGAUAGAAGAAGAGGUGAUUGCUGCUGAUGUAGAUCUAUAAAUAUAUAUAUUGUGUGUGUGUUUUUUUCUAAAAGUAACUCUUUUGCUUGUCUAGUCUUCAUAGCAAUGCAUUACAUUCUUCAUAUAACUGUAUUUUUAUUUAUGAUAAAGUAAUUGCAGUAAGGAAGUAUCUGGGGAAAAUGCUUUCACUUUUUCAGCUUCAAGUACUGAAAGCACAAGGGAGAAUAAGUAUAUUUUCGGUAAUAACUUCAAAAUAUUUUUGAGGCUUAUAAUCAACUAGUUGACUUUCCAAUGGUAUAUGAAGAGGGUAUUUUGUUUCUAAGCUCUUGAAAUGAGCAUUAGAGAAAUACUUAAUAUAAAUAUAUAUUUGCAAUUGCUGUCUUUAUUUUUGACAUAUACUGAAAGUGAAUUCUCUAGGUUAAUAUGAAGCUGCAUUUAAAUGCACACAAAUGUGUUUGCUUUCCAUAUGCUGGUUUCUAAAAUUGUGCUUUUUUGAAACUUAAAUACAAAGAAUUACCUGUUUGCUCAGUGGUGAAGGCAUAAUAUUCCAUGGAAUCCAUUUAAGGGGAAAGAAUUUUCUUUUCCCUUUUGAAAAAUGUAACUAUCACUUUUUCCCUCCACAAACUAGGUGGAGAAUGAUUGUUAAAUUACAGUAUAUUUGUAAAUAAAAUUUCUGA